AUGGCGGACCGAAGCGAGAACAUGUCUCAAUUUCACGGUAAAAAGCCGUGUCGUGCAUGCACUGAUUUCAAAUCCUGGAUGAGACAGGGAAACAAAACGAAAAGUAAUCCGGUGAGUCUUCACUUUACAAUCGGUUUUUAAAAAUAGACCCUUAAACAACUCUGUCUUGUGUUCAUGUUGCAUCAUAUUUUUCAGUUUAAUUUCUGUCAAGUCAUGUGGUGCGCGCAAUUAGAGCGAAUGGCCUUAUAGAUUGUCAAUCAUUUUGUUUUCCUGAAAACCUCGCUAAUACGACCAAAUGUUCGUAGCCAAACGGUGGGUUUCACCGUAUCUUCUUACGCCAAAAAAAAAAGAAAAAAGAAAAGACUCACGGAUGUUCUGGACAAUGGGUAAUAACUUUUAUGACAGUGAAGGUUGGGAUUGAUCGUGGUACAAUUGACCAGAUCAUUGCUGGGUCUUUAUUGUCCUGGCCUUUAAGUUACUCAGAGUAAUUAUAAAAGACAUUUUGGCCAAGCACAGUUUUACGUGUAAAUAUUUCCACCAUUAUUUAGCUAUUAAUUUAGCUCCAUUUUGUCCUUUGAUCGCAUUAAAAAUGAAGAUGAACAUGAAUUUAAAGUUUGGUUAGUUUCGAUGUCUUGAACAUAAUUGUUAGUUAUGGGGAUUGAUGUUUUCAGUACUAAAAUGAAGAUGCCAAGAAGAAAGACCUAUCUACAAAGAUUCCAACUUUAAUAACUGAAAAAGGGAGGUUUUUGGAGUGGCAUAGACGCGCCAAGGAGCACCAAAGACACGAGUCUCUAGGGAGGGUCCAGGGGCAUGCUUGUCCAGCAAAAAUUUUAUGAUAUAUGCCUCUAAGAUGCCAUUUCCCACACUUUGAGAUCACAGUCAAUGGAAAUGCCACGCCCAAUAUUAUAUUACAGACAAACGGCAAAGAAUGGUGCUAAAAAGACUGGUUAAACAAAGAAAACAUUAUCUUCCUUUGGCUAGGAAGAGUUUCAAAAACUGGGAGAAUAUUAAGUGAAAAUGGUAGGCCGGAAAUAUUCACUGAAACCAGGAGGUUUCCGGCCAAAAAGGGAGGGCUGGAAUUUCUGUUUCUAUGGCCCUUUGGACUAAAAUAAAUAAAGGCCAAGUGGACAAUUAACUGAAGAUCCAGAGAACUAAAUGAAGACCCUGUGGUCCAAAUGAAGACCUUGUGGUUAACCUGGGAUCAGGUGUACAGCUUACCUUGUGGUCUAAAUGAAGGACCCGUGUCUGUCUAUUACAGGACACAGUUGAUAAUGAAGAGUCUGCAUUAGCAAGGUUGGCUUUCUUUUUGUUGAUUUGUCAAGAAAUAAGUGUCCAUUGUCUGCAUUAAUGGGUGUCCCUAUUUAAGUGGGUUAAAUUAGCUUUCCCUGCGACAAAGAAAACUGUCUGUAAUAACGAGGUGUUCGUUUUAAGUGUGUGUUCUUAAAGCAGGGUUUACUAUGUCCUACUUUGCAAAAGAUGAGUUGUAUUGGCUUUGUUGGGAAUAUGUUCUUUUAUAAAUGCAAUGAAUUGUGUUGAAAUUUGGUUUAUAAUAUGGCUUGAUCAGCUUUAAAUGGCGUUUGGCAGCAGAAAAUCUGGGGGAAAGGCUUUUAAUGAAAAAAAUAAUCUCAACCGCAUCAAUAUCUACACUUUGUGUAGAAGUUAAGAAUAGUCACAGCAAAUACAAUGUCAGGGGUUUGAUUCUUGGAAAAGCUUGUUUUAAUUUAAUUUCCUCUUUCAUACAUUUUCUUAUCCUUAUUGGGCUUCUUUCUCUUUCUUUCUUCUUCUGGUCAUUGUUUACAUAUUUCUAGUAUGUAUGUGAGGCAGUGCUUUUUAUAAAGGGAAAACUCUCUACUAAUUUCUCUGCAGAGUAAUGAUAGUAGUACAUCAUCACAAACCCAGGAUGGUACAUCACAGGCAGACUCUGUAGUAGAAUGCCCUGUGGACAUUUUGGAGCUUGGAAGAUCAACAUGGAACUUUCUUCACACAAUGGCUGCAUAUUAUCCUGACAAUCCUACACAACAACAGCAAUCUGACAUGGCCAGUUUUAUCAAACUCUUUUCAAAAUUUUUUCCUUGUGAAGAUUGUGCCACUCAUUUACGACAAAGGUGAAUAUGAGUUUUAUGAACUGUAUUGAUAUGUGGUACUUCAACAGCAAAUAAACACUUGCACUGAUUGUGUAGAAUUUGUAAUUAAUUUAAAUUUUCAGCAAGUGCUUUUAUGUCUCAAAAUCAGUCAAAUAUUCAAACUAAGGUGGUCUGAUGUUAUUACAAUGAAAAAAAUAAAAAACAGCUGCAUCAAGAAUUGAAUAAAUUAAUACCUUCGCAAAAUGCAGUUCAAACAGCAAAAUAAGCUUUUGAGAGAAAGAUGCUGUAUCAUAUCUUUUUUGCUUCAGGUUACAAACACACCCUCCUGAUGCUAGCAGCAGACAUAACUUGAGUCAGUGGAUGUGUCAUAUGCACAAUGAUGUGAACAAAAGACUUGGAAAACCACAGUUUGAUUGUUCAAAAGUUGAUGAACGAUGGCUGGAUGGUUGGAAUGAUGGAUCCUGUGGUUAAUGAUUGUGUUUAGAAAAAUUAUAAUUGUGGUCAGUACACUACACAUAAGACAUUUAUGAAAACGGAGGAAGUGAACUUAAGUAACCAAGAAAUAGUCACAGUUCAUGGCGCCAAAUAAUCCCACGUGACAUCAGAAACUGAGGUGGUGAUAGUAUUUAUUACUAACAAACAAGAGCUGGUUCCUGGACCUUAUGACUGACCUGACCUGUGCAGAACAGGUU